AUGGUGAUCCCGGUGACGCUCAUCAACGACAUCAAAGCGGCCGUCGACCUGUCCAACCAGGCGAAUGUCGAGGAUGGCAAGAAGCAGUUCGCCAACGCCAUCCGACUCUACCGCAAGGCCAUGGAGUCGUACUUGAACGCGGCGCUGCUCAUACGCAACACGUGCGCUCCGUUUGUCGAGAGGGCUCAGAAGCUGAAGGAGUUCUCGGGCGACGCCGCCGAGCAGGAGGUCGUGGGAGAGGGAAUUCCCGAGCUGAAGAGGAUCUUUGAGAUCGCCGUGCUCUCACAGGUGCUGCCUCCAUGGUGCACCGCUGCUGGAACUGUCAUUGCCGGCAAGAAGCUGAACUUCGACAAGGAUAUCCAGGGCAUUGACGCGACCAAGCUUGUCUUCACCCAGAUUCUGAAUGACCCGAAGGCAAAGUCCGCAUCGACGAUCCUACUUCAUGGGCCUCACGGUACGGGGAAGUCCUUCUUGGCCAAGUCCAUCUACGUCAAGUACCCCGAGAAGUCCAUCUUCAUCGUCGACAUCGACCAGCUUAUCAUCGGCGGCUUGUCUCACGACCCUGCUAAGAUGACACAGAUGCUCACGAGGAACUACAAGAAGCACAACACCGGAGUGCUGGUUCUGGACGGUCUGGACCAGCUGUACUUGGCGGAGUACCCGGACGCGAAGAAGCCCGUAGUGGAAGCCAUUAAGAGAGAGCUGCAAAAAUACAUGAAGGAUUUGGCCGAUAAGAAGGAAUACAAGGAGAUCGUUAUUGCGACGUCCUUCAUGCCUUGGCUCAUAACGGACGACAUGAAGGGAACGUUCCAGGCCAAGAUCAACAUUCCCAUUCCGGAGAACGAGGACGCACGAAAGGCGAUCAUCAAGGCGGAGCUUGGAAAACUUCGAGUGCCCACGUACAAAGAUGGCGACAUCCAGAACCUGGCGAAGAACACGAAUCGCUUUUCUCGCUACCAGUUGCUGCGAAUCAUCCGGUACGCACUGGCGCGCAACUUCAACAACGUCGAAAACAUCCCCAUGAAGGAAGACGCCGAGCGGCUCAGCCACAUGGUCAAAGAAGACAUGGACAAGGUGAGCGCAAUUAUCAAGCCUGACCUCUCCGAAGAAGACGAGCCGAAGCACAAGGCGUUCAUUACGGCGAAUCCCACGGCCAAUUAGAGGAGGUGGCUCGCUGAGUGUACAAGCAGCGCCAUCUUACU